AUGCGGCUGAGCGUCUACCUGGCUUUGAGCUGCAACCUCCUGCUCGCUUCGGGCUACAGCUCCUUCAGCAAGAGCAUGGAGGCCGUGGGCAAGAAGCAGUACCAGGUGCAGCACGGCUCGUGCCGCUACACGUUCCUGCUGCCCGAGACGGGCAACCGCCCCUCGGGCCCCUUCGUGUCCAACGCCGUGCAGAGGGAUGCGCCGCUGGACUACGACGACUCCGUGCAGAGGCUGCAGCUGCUGGAGAACAUCAUGGAAAACAACACGCAGUGGCUCAUGAAGCUUGAGAAUUACAUCCAAGACAGUAUGAAGAAAGAAAUGGUAGAGAUCCAGCAAACUGCAGUGCAGAACCAGACUGCAGUAAUGAUUGAAAUAGGCACAAACUUAUUAAAUCAAACAGCUGAGCAGACCCGCAAAUUAACAGAUGUUGAAGCACAAGUACUAAACCAGACGACGAGACUUGAACUUCAGCUUUUGGAGCAUUCUCUUUCAACAAACAAAUUAGAAAGACAGAUCUCAGAUCAGACGAACGAGAUAACUAAACUACAAGAAAAAAACAGCUUUCUAGAAAAAAGAGUUCUUGAGAUGGAAGACAAGCACACACUUCAGCUAAGGUCAAUAAAAGAUGAAAAGGAUCAGCUUCAAGUAUUAGUAUCCAGACAAAAUUCUAUUAUAGAAGAACUAGAAAAACAGUUGGUUACAGCUACAGUCAACAACUCAGCUCUGCAAAAACAGCAACAUGAUUUGAUGGAGACUGUUCAUAACUUGCUUACUAUGAUAUCUACACCAAACUCAGCUAAAAACAACUUCAUAGCUAAAGAGGAACAAAUCAGUUUCAAAGACUGUGCUGAAGCAUUUAAAUCUGGCCUAACAACAAGUGGAAUCUACAGCUUAACCAUCCCUAACAUCGCAGAGGAAAAGAAGGCCUACUGCGACAUGGAGACCGGUGGGGGAGGCUGGACCGUUCUCCAGAAACGCGAGGAUGGCAGCGUGGAUUUCCACCGGACGUGGAAAGAGUACAAGAUGGGAUUUGGUGAUCCUGCUGGCGAGUACUGGCUGGGAAAUGAGUUUGUUUCUCAACUGACUAAUCAGAAACGCUAUGUUCUUAAAAUACACCUGAAGGAUUGGGAGGGCAAUGAGGCUUAUUCACUGUACGACCACUUCUAUCUAUCUGGUGAAGAACUAAAGUACAGGAUCCACCUUAAAGGACUUACUGGGACAGCAGGCAAAAUCAGUAGUAUAAGCCAACCAGGAAAUGAUUUUAGCACAAAGGAUGCAGACAAUGACAAAUGUAUUUGCAAAUGUUCACAAAUGCUAACAGGAGGAUGGUGGUUUGAUGCAUGCGGCCCCUCUAACCUCAAUGGAAUGUAUUAUCCGUUACGACAGAACAACAACAAGUUUAAUGGUAUCAAGUGGUACUACUGGAAAGGGUCAGGAUACUCGCUCAAAGCCACAACUAUGAUGAUUCGACCAGCAGAUUUCUAAAUGCUUUUGCAUUCUUAACGUGAAUUAUGUAUUGUAUAGUCUUCAAGGACUUCAUUUGCUGAGCACAUAUGCACCCAUCUGCAACUCGUUUCAUUUGCAAGCCCAGAAAACAUGCACUAGUUCUGACGGGAUCC